AUGUCCUCCCACGCGGCUACGCACGAAAAGACUACCCACCCUCACUCUCAAGCUCCCCCCAACCCCACGGACGAACAAGCCAACACAAAGUCCUACGCAUCAUCCGACCCUACCACACACCCGGAGGCCAAACCGACCACCAAAUUGACGGGCGACCUCAAGGGCGCUGUCCACGGCGUGGCAGGGAGCCUCCAGGCCGCGGCGGGCACGGCACUGCGCAACAAGGACAUGGCGGAGAAAGGAUUCGAGAAGAUGAAUGCCGAGGAUUCCAGGCUGGCUGCAAAGACUGGCAAACCGCCCGUCGGUUCUGAGACGAGGGAAGAGACCGUGCCAACUCAAGCUCCCGAGCAGGCUCAAGGCCUACAUGCCACGGCACCGGCACAGGGCCGCAGUGAGAUCUGA